AGGGGCCAAGAAGAAACCAUAUCUGACCACCCAGCAGUUCUGUGAUUUCCUCAACAAACAGCAGCGAGACCCUCGCCUCAACGAGAUCCUCUACCCCAACUGCACGCUGUCCCAGGCGGACACACUUAUACACCGCUACGAGAACAAGUCCGGCAUGGCACAAAAAGGUCACUUGUCACAGGAAGGUUUCUUAAAGUUCCUCAUGAGUGAAGACAACAAUGUGGUUCCACCGGACAAGUUGGAUCUCAGUGAAGACAUGGACCAGCCUCUGGCUCACUACUUCAUCAAUUCCUCACACAACACCUACUUGACUGGCCAUCAGUUCACGGGAAAGUCAUCAGUGGAGAUGUACCACCAGGUUCUUCUCAGUGGCUGCCGAUGUAUCGAGCUCGACUGUUGGGACGGCAAGGACUCAAAUACGGAACCUGUCAUUACCCACGGCUAUACCAUGUGCACUGAGAUCCUGUUCAAGGAUGUGAUAGAAGCUAUUGCACAGAGCGCCUUCAAAACCUCAGAGUACCCUGUAAUCCUGUCCUUUGAGAACCAUUGCAGCGCCAAGCAGCAGGCCAAGAUGGCCAACUACUGCAGAACCAUUUUUGGGGACAUGUUACUUGUCAAUGCUUUGGAUACUAACCCUCUGAAACCAGACAUCCCCUUACCCAGCCCCAACGUGUUGAAGCGGAAGAUCAUCGUGAAAAACAAGAAGAAACAUUUUCACCGAGCUCAGAACAUGUCAAAGCGGCUGAGACAGAAGAACGCAAACACCACUGCAGAGGGCACUGUGAAGCCUCGACUCAGCGAAGUGGAGGAGGAUGUAGAGAUGACCACGCCCACACCCGCCUCACCUACUACACCUGCUACACCUGCCACACCUGCCACACUGCCACACUUAGCACACAGACUGCACACACCUGCCACACCUGCCACACCUGCUACACCUGCCACACCUGCUACACCUGCCACACCUGUCACACCUGCCACACCCGCCACAUCCGCCCCUCCACCAACCACCCCUCCCACUACUGACCCACUGCCACUGCCACUGCCAGAGUCACCCACAGAGAGCGGAGCCUCCCCUCCCCCUGCCAGCCCGCUGGAGCCAGCGGCAUCGCCCACUCCCGAAUCUGAACCAAAGUCUCCAAGCCGAAUUGCUCUGGAGAAAAACCUUUCCAUUUGCAGUGAAAACACGGACACCACAGAAGUGUCCAAAGAUGGUGAUGACGCUUUCGACAGUGAUUCUGACAGCACAGACAGUGAUGAUGAUGAUGAGAACAACACAGAGACAGCUGUGGAGAAGGAGAAGAAAAAGAAGCAGAAGAAAGUCCUCACAGAAGAAGAGAAAAAGAGGAGACAGAGGAUGAAGAGAGAAAAGGGUACUGCGGGAAAAGAAGCCUCUGCUGCCAUGGAGAUGUCGCUUCUGGUCAACUACAUUCAGCCUGUCCAUUUCCAUUCCUUUGACGCCUCUGAAAAGCGCAGACGAAGCUAUGAAAUCACUUCUUUUGUGGAGACACAAGGCACAUCCCUGCUCAAAGAAUUCCCGGUGGAAUUUGUCAACUACAACAAGCGCCAGAUGAGCAGAAUUUAUCCUAGAGGCACGCGCGUCGACUCCAGCAACUUUAUCCCACAGGUCUUCUGGAACGCUGGCUGUCAGCUGGUGGCCUUGAACUUUCAGACACUCGACCUUGCCAUGCAGAUUAACAUGGGACUCUUUGAGUACAACGGCCGUUCGGGGUACAUCAUCAAGCCCGAUUUCAUGCGGCGACCUGAUCGACAUUUUGACCCAUUUGCCGAGUCAACAGUCGAUGGGAUCAUAGCUGGAACUGUGUCCGUCAAGAUCGUUUCGGGCCAGUUUCUAUCCGACAAGAAGGUGGGAACAUAUGUGGAGGUGGACAUGUAUGGCCUGCCCACAGACACAGUGCGCAAGAAGUUCCGCACUAAGACUGUUCCCAACAAUGGGAUCAAUCCAGUUUAUGAUGAGGACCCCUUUGUUUUCAAAAAGGUGGUUUUGCCCAACCUUGCCAUCGUGAGGAUUGCCGUGUAUGAGGAGCAAGGGAAGCUACUGAUUGGCCACCGGGUGCUGCCCGUGGAGGGACUUCGCCCCGGCUAUCGGCACAUCCCGCUCCGCAAUGAAUGCAACCAGCCGCUUCUCAUGCCAACCUUGUUUGUGCACAUCGUGGUGAAGGAUUACGUACCCGAUGACCUUGCAGAGUAUGCUGAUGCACUGUUCAACCCAAUCGCCUAUCAAUCGAAUCUUGAGAAACAUGCUCAGCAACUUGAGAUUCUGACAGAGGAUUUUGAUGCAGUUGAUGCGGAGGAGCGCGACCCGAGCAUGCUGAAGAGCUCGGUCAGCCAGAUCCAGAUGGACCUGAGCGGCGCCAGCCUGGGCGGAGUCUCCACCACCCCGGAGCCCGCCGGCAACAAGCGUCAGAACUCUGUGACCAGCCGCAGCACGGGCGUCAGUGUGAGCCCUCUACCGCACUCGGACAGCGGCAGCGCGCUCUCCUCCAAGCCGUCGUACACGCGGGGCGGCUCCAUGACGCACAUCCCGGUCUCCAAGCAGGAGAGUUCCCAGUCGGCCAACUCGCAGGGCAGUUCCGGUUCCUACUCGUCCAUCCUGACUCCCACCCCUUUGUCGGAGCUGAAAGCAGCGAAAGGAUUCAUUAAGGCCAUUGCCAAAAGAGAUAAGGAGUUGGACAGUAUCAGGCGAAAACAUGAGAAGGCCCGAGAGAUCCUGGAAGAGAACCACCAGCUGUUGCUGCACAAGCUCAUUUCCAACCAGACCAAAACCCGCAUCUCCAUGGAGAAGCAGCAUUCCAAGGUGCUCAAGAAGAUGGCCAAGGAGGGCAAGAGCACAGAGCAGAAGCAGAACCAGCUCAAGGGGGAGCUGCAGGAGCUGCUCACUAUACAAGAUCUCAAGCGCCGAGAGAUGAAGGCAUCUCACAGUGCCGCACUCAUGAAACUGUGCAAGGACCAUUACCAGGCAGAGCUGGAGCUGCAGACCCGCCACCAUACGCAGAGAUAUGAUGUGUUGAACAAGUUGAUGGAGGCCAACCACACAGCGCAUGUACGACGUUUGGAUGAGAUCCACGACCAGGAAGUGGGAGAGUUGAUGAAGCGCAUGGAUGCCCAGAGUCGAGACCACAUGAAGUCUUUGGGGAAGAGACACAAGGAUAAACUGGAGUUGUCUAGAAUAAAACGAGAAGCUGAACAGAAACAUGUACAGACAGCAGUGUUAGAAAGGCAAAAGUUGAAAGAUAUCUUGGAAAAACGCCAGGGUGACCUUGAGGCAAAACUGGAUGAGAUCAAGAAAGAAUUCCAGAAAGAGCGAGAUGAGGUUUUGUGUGGAUUCAAGGAUAGCUAUGAUGAGAAAACACAGAAGCUGGAUGACGACCUGGACAGUGCGCUUGGGGAUGAUGAUCUCAACGAAGAGGAGAACGGAGCAGUCAGCAAGUCUUCGGCUCAUGACUCGGAGCCUCUGAGCAGUCCUGAGAUUCCUCUGAGCCCCAGUGAUAGUGAAGGGAAGUCUCUCUCUAACGGAGAACUGGAGAAAGGGCAGCAUAUGACCACCAUCACUGUGAAGGCACCAAGUAAGGAGAACGGCAAUGCAGUCCAUGAGGAUGAGGAGACAAUUGAGAAGGUGAACAGUGAGGAACGGCUAACUAACAUGUGAAUAAUUUGACCAUUCAGACACCUCAUUGCUCGGGGUGAGGAGAGUUGCUCACCUAUCUAUUGGAAGGGGCAGCGAUGCAUUUAGAGGCCUGGUCUUUUGAUUAACUGACCGACUUAAACUGAAUUUGAUUCAGACCACGAGCUAAUGAGAGUGAAAUGGAGGACUGUUCAUUCUUUUUUGACUGUUGGAAAGUACAGCUCUUCUUCAUCCUAGAGAUUUCAGAUGAAUGACCCAUGACAUUUUGCCUCUUUUGACACCAAAUGAUUGGUCGAUGUGUUUAUGUGUCUGUGUGUAUGUGUUUUUUAUCUGCUCUUCAUGAUAUGCGAGGAAGGGGCGAAUGAGUCAGAGACCACAAGAGAUGCAUCCGUGUCACAGGGGAGAUUCCAGUACAACUGAUCUCAUACUUUUCCUGUCUUUUUCCAAGCGCUGCAAUGACUGUCUGUCUGCACAUCGGAUCUCCUCUUGUUGUACAAGCACAAAUGUUGUGUACAUUUAAUUGGAAUUUAGUGUUGUAUGCACCAGAAAAAGCUAACCAUUACCAUUUCUGUAUAAUGUUCCACAUUUGAUGAAAGGAAAGAGAAAAAAAAAAA